GUUCCCAAAGCUUUUAUAAAUUUUAAAAUUUUAAAUUGUAACCAAAAGUAUUCUUCUCUGAUAGAAAAAAAAUUAUUUUUUACUUUUCAGUGAUUUUUUUUUUUAUUGAAAAAGUCCUUUAGUAACAUAGACUUCCUACAUAAGUAACCUUAAACAGAAAAUAGAAAAGUUUUCGAUCGGUUUUAAUUCUUUAUUCUUAUUUGAUUGAAAAUCGUCCAUUAGACGUAAUUGUGAUUACAUUUGACAUUUUCUUCUUCAAUUAAAUAAUGUGUACGUACUUCCAUCAAUCAAUCUCUACCCGAAAAACCAGUCUGAAACCUAGCCAACCCCGGCUGGUUCUAAAUACGGGUAUUUAAAUCGAAAAGGUGAUGAGAUCAACAUUUUAAGUCACGUGUAACGUGUUUUAUUUACAAUUUCCAUUUAUGGUUUUAAACGAUGCGAAAAAUGUAGUCUUGUAAUUAAUUGCUGCAUCAAUGAAAAUUAAUCGUUUGCGAAAGCGUUCUAGUGUAAAAUUAAUAAAAUUAAUCAGAAUGCAACAUUGUAAUUUUUCCCAUUCGAUGUUAUCGUUCCUUCUAAGUCAUUUGGAUUAUCUCGUGCAAUUAAUCUCGUACAAUUUCAGUCCAGUACAAUUAUGACAGUCAGGAGCGUCUACAACGUUAUAGACCUGCUGUAUUACAUUUUGAAAAUGUACGGUUUAGCACCUUAUACCAGACGAAAAAACCAGGGGGGUUCUUAUGUUUAUGUACAGUGUAAACCUUCAAGAAAAUAUCUUUUUUCCAUUUUGGGCUUUGUUGUUUCGUUACUUGGACUGGGAAUGGUGAUAUUUCAAGUAAACCAAGAACAGGAAAUGGACACUUUGGAAAAGACUCUUUACGUUGGUAUUAUUGUCCAACUCGUGUUCAAUUCGGCUAUCAUUAGAGUCACUUUUGCUCGCAAAAUCGGCCAAUUUUUCGAAACACUGGAAAUUUUAAACCUCAUAGAUAAAACCCUCUCGCAAAUCGGCGUCCAAAUCUCGUACAAAUUUAUUCAAAAAUUUAGUUCAGUUUUUGUUGCAAUUUACAUCUUGCACCCUAUUUUUACGUGUGUUCACAUCUAUGACCAAAGGGAUACAUUAUUAACAUUCGGGGAGUAUUUCGGUUUUGGGGUCCCUUUGCUCACGUUUCAGAUUUCCUUGAUUAUAUUUCUAAUAUACAGUGUGACACUUUGGAACAGAUUCGCUCUAAUUAAUCAACAAAUAAGCCAAUUGAAUUCGCAUAAUUUUACCAAAAUUUUUGUCAAACGCAGAAUUGUGCUAUUUUCCGACUUACACCAACGUCUUUGCAAAGCUACGCUAUUUCUGACUGAGUGUCUUUCGCCCGGUUUGCUCACCAUGUACUUACAAUUUUUACAAAUGUUCACAAUUCUAAUGCUAAUUGUGUUAAAUGUGGGUCUACCAAGCUACAAAGCGGACGCCAUGACUUGGACGUUGCUAAUUACCGGUGAAAAUUUAGCAAUGGCCAUCAUAAUCGAAUUAAUAAUUUACGAGUCGGAAAAAACGUUUCGUGUCCUCAUCGACUUGGAAAAUUAUCACAGGGACCGAAACACCGAACUGAAAGUAAACACUUUUCUCUUGCAAAUGUUGCAUCAAAAAAUUAGUUUCACGUUGGGAGGAUUGUUCGAGUUUAAUUUAAAUAAACUGCUCCAGAGUGUGGGAACUGUUACAAAUUUCGUAAUGUUUGUUUUGCAAAUUAAACACAAUUAAAAGGUCGUUUGGUGUUUAAUCUGCCGCUGAAUCGACGUAGAGAAAAAAUCAAACAGUGGCUAAAAAUUAAAAAAAGAGGAAAAACAAGUUGUUUUUUAUUUGAAAUAAUUCAUCGCUUCCCAGGAGAGAGUCCGAAUGGGUAGCUGAUUGAGGUGGUGCAUAUUUCUCCUGAUUGUUUCCUCGGGCUCUUGUGUUAAUUGCGAAUUGAGCCGGUUCCCGUCAGUUCGUAAUUUAUUUGCCGGAAGAGCACGUUCCCGGACCGCAUUUUUGUUGCCCACCUUAAGAAAGAUAUACCACAUCGAAAUUAUAAAGAUAUUUGCUUUAUGGAAGGCACAAUAUAACAGGAUUAGUCGAGUGUUGCUCGUAAAUCCGGCUUAGUGCAUUACGAUUUGAUUUCCCGUUGCACUCCUUAGCGAAAUUCGCAUUUUUCCUUUUGGCGUCUCCCUAACACCGUUCUCUAAUUGUCCACAACUCAUGCGAGUUCGUUGUCCUUUUCGCUAAUAUUUUCAACCGAAGAAAAAGCGCACAGGUGUGGAUCAUAAACAUCAUGCAACUGGUGGUGGAUAAUUAACGAGGGGUUCGGUAAUUGCGACUGGUUUGAUAAACACAUCCAGGUGAUUUUACGCACCGCCCGACGUCACAUCACACGAGAAUUGAUGGUGUUGCUGACAACUUCUAAAUUAAAUGAAUGCGGAUCGUUCGUCUUGUUAUGCAAACCAAUGACUCGAGCAUUUCGCUAAUUACGCACUCGGGGCCAAAUAUGCUCGGAAUUAAUAGCCAAUGAGAUAAAUCUCUGAACUCGGCGGCUCCAAAAUUUUGCACGGAAUAUUGUCCAUCCACGUCUGUCAUUUUCGGAUGGAUUGACCGAUCAGUCGCUCUCGAUAAAAUCAUGAAUGCAUAAACGCCCGGCAAUUCGCUCCGGAGCCAAAUUCGGGCACGACCCUUCCUUAUAUAGCCACCGCGGCGAAUCGCCGAUUUGCAUUCUGUCCCAAAACUCCUUACAUUUUAAUUGUAUCGAAUCGUGUCGGCAUGUCAGCACGAAUCGCUAAAUGGGCGUAACCGUGAUAAAUGAUCCCGCUUUCCGAAAUUUUGACUUUUUGCAACAUUAAAGUGAAUGUCUACAGGAACUUA